AUGGAGGAAUGUGAGAAUGCCUUUCAAGAGCUAAAAAGACAACCUGCGAAACCUCUCGUACUCUCAAAACCUCUAGACGGAGAAGAGUUAGGGAUAUACCUGGCUGUUACAGAGCAUGUUGUAAGUGUCGUACUGAUCAGGGAAGAAAACAAUAUCCAGCAUACGGUCUAUUACAUCAGCAAAAGACUUGUUGAAGCUGAACGACGAUAUCCACUGAUAGAAAAGCUCCCUUACUGCCUAAUCUUAGCAACAAGGAAGCUAAGGCCUUUCUUUCAAGCUCAUCCUAAUCGGGUAUACACUGACCAACCAUUACGCCAAGUAUUACAAAAACCUGAUGCCUCUGGACAAUUACUCAAAUGGGUAGUGGAGUUAGGCCAGUACGAAAUCUUUUUCCAACCCCGAACAACAAUUAAAGGACAGGCUUUAAUAGAUUUUGUAGUUGAGUGUACGGGCAAAGAUGAAAGCAUUUCAAAAAACAAUCUGGAGCCAGUACAAGAACCUCAGCCGAGCAACAAUGAAGACAAACCUACUUGGAAGUUACAUGUAGAUUGGUCAGAAUAUGAAGCCCUCAUUGUCGACAUGAAACUUGCUUGGGAACUACAUGCCGAGCAUAUUGAGAUCUGCAGUGACUCACAGUUAGUAGUAAAUCAUGUAUCUGGGGAGUACAAGGCUCGAGGAGAAAAAAAGAUAGCUUAUUUAAGCAAAAUACAUUACUUGCUUGCCCAAUUCAAGAGCUAUGUCCUCAAGAAAAUUCUAAGAGAUGAAAAUACAACAGCUGACACCUUAGCCCGACUUGCAAGCAGUAACAUAACUGAUAAGGCUAAAUUACUCCCAAUCGAGUUUCUUGAAAAACCUAGUAUCACCUGCUCGGAAGAAAUUAGGAUGAUUGACACAUCUCUGAACUGGAUGACGCCAAUAGCAGCCUACCUCAACACUGAGGAACUCCCAAGUAAUAGAAACGAAGCUCAAAAAAUGAUGAGAAAGGCUGCACGGUACAUCAUCUUAGAUGGAGUCAUGUAUAGAAGGGGAUUCUCUAUGUCGUUACUCAGGUGUGUUACAGAAGAAGAAGCUGCACAACUUUUGUCUGAUGUACUCGAUGGAUUUUGUGGCAACCAUGCAGCCGGGCAAAGUCUAUCAAAGAAAAUUCUAAGGCAAGGAUAUUUCUGGCCGACCAUAAUUGAAGAUUCAAAGGCCUACGUUAAGAAAUGUGACAAAUUCCAAAGAUUUUUGAAGAUACCUUGUGCACUGCCCAAUGAAAUAACUUUGAUGCAAAGUCCUUGGCAUUUUGCUAUUUGGGGAAUUGACCUAAUCGAAAAAUUUCCUAAAGGCAAAGGUGGGGUACAAUAUGCAGUGGUUGCAGUAGACUGUUUCACGAAAUGGACAGAAGCCAAGCCAUUGGCAACAAUCAAAUCCAAGAAAGUGCAAGACUUCAUGGGGAAAAAUAUAAUAUGCAGGUUCAAAAUACCGUACAAGAUAGUCUCAGACAAUGGCAAACAAUUUGAUAGUCAAUCCUUCACUCAUUUCUGUGCAAACCAUGGAAUCAUGAAGAGCCUCUCCGCAGUAGCAUAUCCCUAA